AUGGAACCAAUCAUACACAGCAUUAUAGAUAAAGAGACUGGCACCUGGCAAUACAUCGUUGCGUGUCCCAAUUCACGCAAUGCUGUUAUUAUAGAUCCGGUGCUCAAUCUGGAGCCAACACAGCCCAAGAUCAUGACCUCCUCUGCUGAUUCACUUUUGGAUGUGGUUUCAUCUCACAACUACACAGUCGUCCGACUCCUCGAGACACAUGCUCAUGCAGACCACCUGACUGCUGCCUAUUAUCUUCAGCGGAGGUUGUUGGUACUCCAGCAAUGCAAGGUUCCCAUCUGUACCGGCUACCGAAUCAAACAGGUCCAAGAUUUCUUCGCCGCGAUAUACAACGUACCCAAGACAGACUUGGACGGUGCUUUCGAUCAUCUAUUUCAAGAUGAUGAGAUCUUCAGUAUUGGGAAUUUGACUGCUCAAGUUCUUCAUUUGCCCGGUCACACCCCUGACCACAGUGGGUUCCUGAUCGGUAGCAAUAUUUUCACCGGCGAUUCAAUAUUCAAUCCCGACGUCGGCAGUGCAAGGUGCGAUUUUCCAAAGGGGGACCCGAACGCCUUGUUCCAGUCUAUGCAUAAGCUGCUAUGCAUGCCAUCCCAUUACAACCUGUAUACGGGGCACGACUAUCCCCCGGAGGACUCAGGACGGGACCCCAUGCCUUAUGUGACCGUUGCGGAACAACGUGAGAGGAAUAAGCACGUCAAAGGGGGCACGAAGCAGGAGGAAUUUGUCGCUUGGCGUCGAGCUCGCGAUUCAGUGUUGAAGAACCCAAGACUUCUACACCAGGCACUUCAGGUCAACAUUCGUGGAGGACGACUACCGCGUGGGCCAGGCAACUCCCAAACGUCAUUCUUCUUGACACCAGUAGAAAUUCCCUCGCUGCUUACUGAAGUCUAA